AUGCUUCCCCCUGCCAACUUUCAUCCGACCUUAAAACCAGCAUACAGACGUUCAGAAGAAAGAUCGGAACAGCUCCAUCUUCCAGCGUCGCUUUUGCCAGUUAACUUUGCCCCGAAUUCGUCCUCCGAAAUAGCCAGCACUCUUCCCUUGGCUACGCCAGAGGACUCAGAUAUCGACUCCUCAUCAGCCAUUUCAACCAAGGAUAACACAGAUGGCGAGAGUAACCAGCCCUCCUCAACCAAUACCGUUCUCCGAGUCAGUGGCCCUCUGUCGUCUCCAACACAGACAGUCGCUGUCGACCCGAACACAGCGCGAAGUUCAACAACACUUAGCGGGGCUCCCUCGAUGUCGUCCUUUGUUCUGCCUUCUCAUUAUCGCGGUGCCAGUUUCGGGCGUCGAAGCACCUUUCCGAGGAUGGAUUCGGGUCAGAUCAAGGGCGGUUUCGGCGCUUCGUUUCAGUCUAUGCGAGUUCAUCGGGUCAAACUACUUGACGAGCAGAUACUGGAAAUUCCACUCAAGGUACUUUACUGCGUUGUCUGCAAGUGUAAAGAACGAAGGUGCACCUUACUAGAGUUACAAAAUAGGAUGUGGAUGCUUACUUUUCACUUUUCGCUUGGGUUUUUCCUGACCUUUAAGCCCGUCGUAGCAGAAGCUCGGCAUUGCAAACCGCCUAAAUCUGCAACUGGGGCGGACCUCUUUCGUGAGGUGUGCCAGGCGUUGAAUCUCCAGGAAAGGGACUUCUUUGGCCUCUACUUCUACAAGCACGGCGGUGCCGACGCUAUCGCCCACCUGAGCACCACGACCAGCCGGCCCUUCCGGCUAACUGGAGGCCCCACUCCCCGACGGAUGCCCUGGCAAGUGGAUUCCGCCGAGGCGUGUGCAGUCCACCAUCGCGGGGUUUCGGCAAAGAACUCGUGGUUUUGGUUCGGUGUACGCAUUUACCCAUCUAACCCGAGUGAAGGUAGCCUUGAUGAAUUGACACGCUACCUGCUGUGCCUCCAGUUACGACAAGAUCUCAUUUGUGGACGUCUUGCAUGUUCCUUCUUUACUCACGCCAUGCUUGCAGCGUACUGGGUGCAGUCGGAGUUGGGUGACUGGGAUCUCUACCAGAAAUGCUGCAGCGCGUCGGAGGAUGGCUCUGGCGGCACCGACUACCUCAACGCAAUGCGCCUCGCGUCACCUGCCGGGGCUGAUGUGAUUGCGGCGGAGCGUGAGUGGAUGACCUCCCGCACCGGUCCGCCACAGCCCCCUCCCCUCGUCCACACGAGUCCCUCCUUCCUGCGACAGGUAGCUCUGUUCCAUCGGUUUUUGAAGGGCAUAGUCCCAUCCCAAGCUGACUCCCUCUUCCUUCAAACGGCUGGUAAAUUGGCAACUUACGGCAUCGAUUUCCACAGAUUUCAUAGCUCAGGCAGCUCAACGGCACAUCUGAAUGCAGCAGGUAAUCUGUCUGGUGAUUUGGAAAAUCGCAGAAACUUUGUUCGCGGCUCGGGCCUUUCACAAAGCAUGCGCCACAAAACGUCGACGAAGUCUUCUACCCUCAUGAACCGCUUUUCGCGGACUCGUCUAAGUCUUUCACCCUCAACGGCAGUCACUCGUGUCAAUUCCCACGUAGCACCUACAUCUGCCAACACUGGUCUUGACGGGGUUCAGUCUCCUUCAUCUUUAAGUGCCACUCGUCAUCAGUAUCCCAAUUUCCUGGGGGUCUUUUACGGUGGAAUUUAUGUAUACCGAGGACGUUUGCGUCUGGAGCAUCACCCAUGGUCCGCGAUUGUAAAAAUGGCAUAUCGACGGGCCUCAUUCCGACUUUGCUUGAGGCUCGCCAACUCCGAGAAAGACGGGCUCGUCCAAAUCGUCAAGUUCGACUGUGGAACCACGGCUCUUGCAAAGCGCAUCUAUCGAUCCUGUGUCGAUCACCACGCUCUGUUUAGGCUUCAUGGUUUCAACGGAAGAUUAAAUGGUCCAAAUGAAUUCUGCACACCCAAUGAAUCCUUCCCCUUCCCAACUGCCACUCGCCUUCGGCGUCUUCACGUGGGCCCCCUUCCCAAUUCCUGCUCCUCGCGUCUCAACACCGUGGCAAUCUGUACGCCGGCGUCCAUGGAAGAAUGUUGCACUGUCUCCGUUGCUACAAAUGGAACGACCUUCGUGCCAAACCAAUCAUCCACCCCUCUCGCUAACAGACAUAGACCCCGGAGUGUGCCAGAUAUCCGUGGCAAUUUGAAUGCACCUUCGACACCUGGACGUCAGAUUGCCCUCUUCCGCUCAGCCCAAAAGUUUUUCUCCCGUCUCCUACGCCGGCCGUCAGUCAGACAAAAAGGCCACAAAUCCAUCUCAAAGGUAGUUUGGAGGUCUCGUCUCCAGCCAUCCCUCUCUGAAGAGAUGAUAACUCAGCGAGUACGUGAUUUCGAUAGUGAAGAAGUCACCGACCUGAGUCUGAUGAGGACUGGCGAAUCGACAUCUUCCUGUGCUGUAUUAUCAACAGCAGCGUCCACUUCACCGUUGCCGUUGUGUGUCUACUCGGAGUGGAACAGACCCCCUCUACCCGGUCCCAUCUGGCGACUGAGUUCUGUCGAUGCUUCUCCUGGUCUCUCGCUCGAUACGUCUAGUGGUUUAACAGUUUCACGAGAUUGGCGAUUUCUUGUUAAUCGAGGAGAAAACGGUAUCCCAAAUGAGUGGCGCGGUUGUCGGUCUGCGUGGGGCGUUGUGGAAAACGUCCCACUCGCUGCCGAUGAGAGUGCAGCAGCUCCUGCGUGUUUCGCUCAGCGACGAUUUUUCUUCGAGGUUCGAUUGAAUGGUUGUGGACCAGUCCGCAUCGGAUGGGCAACCGAGGAUGCUAGUCUUGUCCUCGGUGAAGAUGAACGGGGUUUUGCUUACCAAACGGAUACUCCUCUACCCGCGAUGAAUGACGACUCUGGUUGUGAUGGUUGUCUGAAAACCGCUCCGGCUGAGACGAAGAGCGAAAACGAGUUGCUUUCGGGAACCUUGAUUAUCGGUGGAGCCUGUGUCGCUACUGUAUUCGGUUCAUGCAAGGGUGAUGUGAUUGGAUGUUACCUCGACCUUGACAGCCGACUGGCCCAUUGGACAAAGAACGGUUCCGCUUCAGUGAACAUGAGUCUGCCCAUAACACAGUUUCCCCCAAAGACCGUAUUCUUUCCAGCCUGCGCUAUAAGGUUAUGUGACUUUCCCUCUGACCACGUAUUUGCACUUUGUCAGAAUACCUCAGUGACCUUCAAUUUUGGCGAUGCCCCUUUCGCGUAUGGGCCGAUGCUUCCCACGGGGAGCCAGUUCUCGUCCAGCUGGCUGCCAUUAGCUUCAGCCAACCUAGUGGCCGAAGUCGUUGGCUGCGCUGACAACAGAAUCGUCGGAUCCGUCCUCUUUCCCAUUCGUUUAAUUCCGAACCCCCGUACAAGUUGCAUACUGGUUCAACAAUCAGAGCCGGGAUGCCCGUCGAAUGGUUCUCUGCUGUCCGCCGAUAGGCUCUGUGCUCGAGCUCGUCUGCACGCUGGAUGGCAGGUAUGCGCAUGUAGUGCGCGAUUUCACUUUUUGGUUAUGGUGCCGCUGAGUACAACUUGCCCGACAACGCUACUCAGACACCCGGAAGAAGACAGAAGGAUACCAGAGCAUGCCACGUUGAAAGAUCUAGAUUCGUUGUGGAAGCAUUUAUUUUUCAACAUUAUUUUUUUGUGGUUCUGUACUCUGUCAAACGCUUUUCUGUGCGUUGACUUGAGUCCUUUUUUCUUGCAGAGCCUUUACGCGUCUUCCUCAAUCCCUCCCCCAGCAGACGUGACAUCGCAACAACACCAGCUACCCUGCGUCUACUUCGAAGUUCGAAUUCUCGAAUCCCUGAACAUUCCUGGAUCCGGUGUGUUCGUAGGCUUCUCAACCGGAAGACCGAUACACAAUGUAGACAAGGAUGCCACCAGUUUUGGCAUUAUUUUUGAACAGGGUUCGAACAUGGGGACGUCACUUCUUCACGCUGGAGUCAAGCGACCUUAUGGCCGGGCUUUACGACAGGGUGACGUCAUCGGUUGCAUCUUGAACCUCCAGUCUGGUUUGGUUGUCUGGGCCAGUAACGGGGAACACCUCGGUCAUAUUGUGCAGCUCUUCACCUCACCCUCCCAACUGCCUGGCAGUGAAAACACCGCUGCUCUUGCCGACGAUGUCAUUUUGAUUCCGCCGCAGCCAGACGAACGCUGCUUCAAUUUUUGUCCUGUGUUUUCCUUGUGCAACACCUCCAUCGAAGUCAACUUUGGUGACGGUUCUUCUCCGCUGAAAUACAUCGACAAGCACUCAAACUGCAUUCCUCUGUGUCAGUAUCAGCGAAUGCUUGAAGACAGCACUUUUUCCUCAAACACACUCCACCAGCCACUAAAAGGUUCUGUCAAAAGUCACCGCCAUCACUCAUUUGCACAGUAUCGGAUGGCGACCAACCAAAACAGCGUAAACGGCCAUCAACCUGCUGUGACGACCGCCGGGGUCCACAAGUCCGCCUCAUGCCUCUCCGCCCUGGCUACGUCUUCGGCCACAGUGAACUCGCAUGCGUGUACGGAGGCUUUGGAUUCUCAGGCUCUGUUGCGGGCGAAAAUUCCCCUUGUUCCUGUGAAAACACACACCUGGCGGCUGAAUUCUGCUCCGACCGACAACGGCAUUGUCAGGCUCAUCACAUCGCCUACAAUUCCGGCGCCUUGGUCUCCGGUUGAUCAGGUUCUUCCGAUUGUGCGAACCCACCGGAUAACCUUUUCGGGUAUCCGACCGGUCGAGCAGAUGGAAACUGGUGAUGAUGCUGAUGGGACCUCUGGUAGCCUGCGUCGAUCAGCGUCUGACAGCGUGCAGUGCGUUACGACGCCGCGGUGUCCACCCGUAAUGGCUGUUAUUCAGCACCUCUGUGGUCAGUCCCAACAAAGCUGUUCAUCUGCAGCAAAUAAGUCGUCUUCUUCAUCAUUGAUAGAAAGUCUUUCAGUGAACGACGCCGGUGUUGAGCUACCGUUAGCAAAGGGAACAAUAGAAAAUGCCGAAUCAGGUGCUUGCUAUAGUGGGAAGCGCGCUUUGAUCGGCUGUUUCAUUCCGUAA